AUCUGAGCUCGGCCUAUUCUUGAGCAAGCAACUUCACAGUUCAAUCUGGCUCAUGCUACCGUGUCUCUCGAGGCUCUUCCCAAUUCUCAGCCGCAGCAAGGAAUUAUCUGAACCACUGUAGUCUUUAUGAAGUGCUUCCCAUUAAGCCUUGUGAGAUUCGUCACUGUUUUCAAUGAUGCUCAUGAGGGCCUCUUAGCCUAAGUUAGAGCCAGAUUUUUGCUUUCAAAGAGUUUAGAAGUGAAGUGAUCUGUUUUGUCCAACGGCCCUUGAAGCCAAAACUCGAACAAUGUGCAAGUUCAAUGAACUGGAUAUCCGAUAGGGAAUUUCCAGCUAAUAAUACGAGGUCUGACAAGCUAAAACUUGAAAGCUCCGUGCUUUAGAUGGAUCGCUCAGGUCUCCUCCAGGGAAGCCAAGAAUAACGUGGUCAUUACUUAAUAAUCGUGCGUGAAGGCAUUCGCUUUCAUGUCUAUUUAGACGCGGCAAGCAUGAAGAAGCUGUACAUAUAACCCCUCCACCUGCACUGCCACGUGAAACUGCACGAAGAGGGAAUGAGAACAAGACAUGACAAGAGAGCCCAAGAAGUCAUGACAGCUGACAGAUCAUCCUGGGUCAUGUGUGGUGACACGUAGAUCAUAUCAGAACGGGGGAGAGAUUGUUGGACAGUUGGUUAGCUUUGCGUUUUGUGGUGGAGGGAGAUAAACAGAAGGCAGAGAAAACUGCCAGCCUUUGGAUUGGAUUGGAGUAGAAAAAAUGAGCCAGGCCUUGUCUUUGUGACGCAAACUCAGAGACAGAGGAGAGAGGAUAAUGAUAGUACCAGUUCAUUGCUCCAAGCCUUGUAGCCCGGCUUCUGCACCUGCUGCUUCUGCUCUUGUGCGUGCACCCUCGUUCUCAAGGCGCAUUGCCGACAUUCGCAUCCCUACGAAACCCAGACAGGUAGCAACCGGCUGGCUCUUGACUGCAGCUCUCAUAAUUUGGCCUACAGCCGUGGCCGUGGCUGAGGUGGUUCCGCAGCCAUCAGAGUCGGAUACACUGUCGAAUGUGCCUCAGAUGCUGUCGGGCGAGUGCAAGUCUCCCAAGGACUGCAAGAAGCCCAGGAUACAGAGGCCCAAAUCGAGGAAGGCAGAGUCGUGCACCACCAAGUGUGUCACCACCUGCAUCCGCGGCGGCGAUGGCUCUCCUGGAGAAGGCCCCCUCAACAUUCGCAGACCAAUGGUGGUUUUCAAGCAAGGCUUUCGCAGCAGGAAAUACUGUCUGGUUGAGUGCUCAGAUAUAUGUAAUUUGAUUGGAGAUGAGGAUUAUGGUCCUUGACAAUGAUCUAACCACAAACUUGAUUGAAGUUUCGGCCAGUUCCCAACCUCUGCUCAUGGGAUAGUUUGCUGGGCAAGCCGUAUGGGCUUCUCUAACUUCCAGGUGGAAGCACAAACUACGGGACUUCUUUCCACAAUACACGGCUACUCCGAGUGUACUCUUCACAGAACUUUCCUCUUGUCCCAACGUUACAAUUCAAACACACUGAUAAUAUCUUAAUCUCGAGGUUUGCUCGGGCAGUGGGCACACCACUUAUUCACCACAAUUCUCCCAGUUACUCUGUGGAACAGUAUGCUUGAGAGUAUAUCAGUUGGAAAAUUUUCUCUCUCUCUUCUCCUACUUACGUUUUGUGAACUUCCCGAAUGGGGUAAUACAGAAGUUUUGGGCCAAGAAUGUUUAAGCCA